CUCAGUUGGGAGAGCGUCAGACUGAAGCCACAACUUCAUUCCGUAUCUUGGUCUAGCCUUGAUUAUCUGAAGGUCGUGUGUUCGAUCCACACUCACCGCAUGUUCUUUUUGCAUUUUUCGCAUCUCCUUAUAUUUCAUGAUUUUUUAUCUUUUGUAGUUCAUCCACAGUUGUCGAUUGCAAGGAAAUUAAUGCAGGGUAUGGACGCGUAGCUGGAGGUUACCUCAAUCUGAUGCACUUCUAAAUGCAGGUACCACCUCAUUAGGUCACACUUAUCUACUCAAGUACAUAUAUGUACCUACCUCUACAUUGUAGGUAGGUAGGUAUGGUAAUGUCCAUGUCUAAGCAUGUGCCUGCCUCAUAGAUAGCACUGGAGAAACCAUGGCAGCUACGUUCGGACGAAGAAGAAAUUAAGGCGGCAGGAGUUAUGAAUGCUGGCAAACGAGAUGGGCAGGUAUAGCGUCGACACUCUUUUCGCACUUGUUAGCUGCUUUGCCCAUCUCUCUGUAGUCUAAUCUCAUUAUCUUUCUACAUAGAGGGAUGCGUCGUCACAUCUUAGCUAUAUCAGAGACUACACGGACACGUCGCUGUUGGCUGAAGCAGCUAGAUCUGUUACCUCAUUGCGUCUUCAAAUGACCUAUCUACCUUAGCGAUUCCACUUCAUUCACUGGCUAUGCUCCAACAACGUUGUAAGACUGGUGCCGCCAGAGUGUGCAACCCUACCCCCAGUGAUCACCGUUAUGUAGCGUUUGCGGUCUCCGACCCGACUCCCGAAGAUGAUUGGAAGCCGUUCGACUUGAUUCGGAAGCGCUCUGGACCGCAGAACCUCACCCGCUCAGGGUAUGGCGAGGAGAAAUGCCGUAAUGUCCUUGUCCGAUUUUGUGCCCAUAUUCCAAGAAACUUUCAAUAUAAAGAUGGUAUACAGCAGAUAUUUCUCAUUCUUCGGGAGCACUUAGGGGACGAGAACCUAGACUUAGCCGGAGGAGUCUUGUAUGAGUUGAUUGAAGUGGAUUGUGAACAUACAGAUGACCCUGGGGCCGCUUUCCAGCGAUGGCGGCAUGACCACAUGUACAGAUAUGCUGACCUUGAGCUUCCGCAUAUACCUCAUAUGACAACAAUCACCUCUUCUAUUGUCCCUACCGAGAAGCUUUCACGCUGGCGAUCAGAACACGCCGAUCGUUAUCGCUUUGUCCUCUCGGACUCGUCCCCUAUAAGUCAACGAGAAUAUGCGGAUCUGAGCUGCAUUAGAAACAAGAAGGUCUGGCUCAUCGACCACACUCUAUUUGUGUCCACUCGAUCCGAAGGAACUCGACCCAUGCGCAGUCCGAACCCAAAGGAAUUUCAUGAAAUGCAGUGGGACCCCGAUUUUGGGGCAACGGGUAGACUUGUGGAUGAGCGCGAGUUUCCAAUAGCGUCCCUAGAUCAGUCGAGUGACACAUCUCCACCCGGAUCUGCUGAUACCAUCGAGAGCCCCAGCAGCCGGUCACAGCGUUUGCGGCAUUCACUCUCGAGCAUGAGCAUUAUAGAGAAAUUUGUUGGGAAACGUAACCAGAAGAAAGCGCCCGACAUAGAACGAAGAAGGCGAAGCUGGAUACCUAACACAUUUAUCUUCGAUUCUAGCUCAUUACAUAGGGAUAAACGGGCUCAGUGUGGUGUGGUCUCUGUUCCCUGGCCAGACGGUUAUCAGAUACCUAACGCGAUAUUCGCUAGAAAGUUUCUGAUUGUUGAUGAUGGCGAGACUUUGCCAUCACACUUGCCUAUAUCUCAGAUGCCAACUGCCGAAUCUAAGGCCACAGAAACUAUUGUAGAGGCUGCUAACACGGGGUUGUUGAACCAGACAUCUCCAUGGCUCUUUCGAGGCCCUUUCACGCCCCAGCUUGGUUUUGAUGGUGGCCUCGAUUACCAAUGGAAUCUUCAAGAUUGUGCACUUACACCAAGAUAUGACCCAAAUUGUUCUUCAAGAAAUACCGAGCUACUUGGACGUAACCCCCGGGCUAAAAGCCAGCGUCUAUCUUCCAAAAGGAAGGGAAUACUUGUUGACUUAGAGACUGGAGCUGAAAUGAAGGCUCGUGCCUUUAAACAUGGCUUCUUAGGCUAUUCAGCCUCAUCUAAAUUGAUAGGAGAGAGACCACAAGAUCAUUUACCGAUUUCCUUUCAAUAUGUAUCAGAAAGGUCGGCGGCGUCAAGUAGCAAUGGUACUGAUAUAUUGAGAUUCACGCUGGAAAGACAAGAUCAGUAUCGGCCAGAUACGCCCCUGUUCGAUAAUAUCGAGUUUACAGCUCAGACAGAAACACACUACAAUGUGUGCAGCCCAAUCACAAAUCGACAAACAACAGUUAUCGAAAGGCCCGCCAAUGGUGAAGCAGUUCGUGAUACUCCCACUUGCCGACAAGGUCACCCACAGUGUGCACGUAGCUAUGUGACAAGCCUUGCGGGUUCACACGCCAGCAACAAUAGUAGGAAAACCCACAUUAACGCACAAGAAAGUCCAAGAGAAUUGUUAUUGUCGAAGUUACAGCAAGAGGCCCAUGGUUUUCAGGAGGUUGCCCCUAGCUCACGACAGGUCUUCCACAAAGCAACCGGAGAGAUACUACGACCUCUCAAGUACAAUUCAAGUAGGGGUGGAGGUGUUGGAAGAGAAGAUAGUGAUUUCUGGUAGAUACAGAUCAAUGUUCAAGGAAUUUGUUAGCUAGAGGUACCCGAUUCUAAAUGCAAACUGCUGCCUGCAGCCGAGCAAUCGAAUCAAAAAGAAUUACCUUUAUCAGUGUACAUCACUUCAUUCUUCCACUUGCCCUGUUUUCCAUCAUCCGUAUUCUCCACAACACUCCGCACAUUCUCAGAAUGAGCCAUCUUCUAAAGCUGAAGCG